AUGUUCGAGACCUUCUCCUUCUUGCCGCCGCUCUCUGACGCCGACUUGUCCAAGCAAGUGCAAUACUUGUUGAACAACGGCUGGACUCCGUGCCUCGAAUUCGAGGACCCGGCGCACGCCUACACUGACGGUCACGGUAACUCCGGUUUGGACUCCUCCAUCAACACCAACUACUACGACAACAGAUACUGGGUCAUGUGGAAGUUGCCGAUGUACGGUUGCAACGACCCGUCUGAAGUCCUCACUGAAGUGAAGGCUUGCGUCAAGGCGUUCCCGAACUGCUACGUCAGAUGCGCCGGCUUCGACAACAUCAAGCAAGUGCAAUGCCACUCCUUCUUGGUGUACAGACCGAAGUUGUCCCCGAUGGAGGGUGGUGCCAGAGAUGUCGCCGACAGACAAAUCUAA